AUGUGCUGGCGAAAGAAAGCAUUAAAAAUCCUGGAGCCACACCUUAUGCGAAUGGAAAACAAAUUACAGAAGAGAGGAUAUUGGAAUCUAGUCCAGAUGCUACGUCUAUGGCAAGUAUUUCUGCAUUUCUCUGAAUCGCCCGAAGAUUUUGGGCUCUGGGAACAAACCGUGGUUGAGCUGGAUAUUCAUCUCUGCGAAGUUGUUCAGCAGGAGGCGUUUCUGAAAGACGAAUAUCAGAAACUCGAGAAGACACUAGUUUCUUUACCACCGAGAAAAGACGAGCUCGAUGAGCGACAAGAGGAAUUGAAACAACUCAGCAAAGAUUUAAGUCUGCUCAAUCAGGAGUACUGGAGCACAGAUCGGAAGAUUUAUGCGAAUGACCUACGUUGCCCUGAUCCAAUUAUCAACCGGGCAUAUCGCGACUUCCGGCAAGACCCUCAAUGGAUUGUGCAAGAAGGGGAGGCUGUUGCGCCCGUGUCUGUGGAUGUUGUCGGAAGCCACGAGGCCUUGAUCGGCCUCGAGGUCAUGGCCACUGUACUAAACAGUGUGGUUGCUGUCUCGAGGCUCGUGGAUUUGUUUUGA